AAGUCUCUUCCGACACACACACAGAGUUAACGUGAGAGAGUGAUUCACCAAAUCAAGAAGACACCGUGCUCAAUUCGAUCCUUCCCAGAAUUUUUUCAACCUUGGGAGUUUCAUCUCUAUCUCAAUCUCCCGAGACAGAGCUCGUGUGCAAGCAUCAGUGUCUCUUUUCCUGUCUCUCUGCAUAUACCCAAUUGGUGCCUUUGAAAGAUUCACUCGGAACUUUGAACGCUUCAACUUCAGUUGCUACCCUCUCUCUCUCUCUCUCUCUCUCUCUUCAAGAGUCCAUAAAAAUCCUCUCUUUGUUGCUGGAUCUUGACCGCCUCUCCACUCUCUCAUUUUUUAACUCUUUCUUUUCAUCUGGGUUUCUUUCUUUUUUGUGGGGUUUUGGCUUGAUAUUCUCUUCUCUGCAGUCUCGUCAAUACCAUCUCCUGCAUGACCCGGUUCUCAACUCAUUUGUAUAAUUUCGCAGAUUGAACUUCUUCUUUCUUUCUUGGGUUUUCGAUAGGGUUUCGGCUCCGAUCGGUUGGAUUAUCUGUUGGGCAUUUGUUUGGGGCGUUGCUCAGGAGUCUUUUAGUUUAGUUCUUCUCUGCUGAGUUGAGGAAAUUUCUGAUUAUGAUCAUGUGAGUUGGAUCAUUUUCUGAUGUGCGAUGUCAAUGGCGUCGAUCAGGAGAACUUUGCCUCCUUACGAUGAUCGCAAUUACCCGAAUGGUGACUCCUUUUUGUUAGGAUCAUCACCAAAUCAGAGGCCUUUCUAUGUUUUGGGCAAAGCGUCAUCUGCUUCGCUGGGUUUCACCGCAUCGGGUAUUAGAAUCCGCAGAAUGUUCGCCGCCUUUUUCCCGGGAAAGUACCCGAGAAAGUCUCCGGCGUUGUGCAGAUCAUUUUAUAGUUUUUUGUUGUUUUUCGCACUAGGAUUUUUACUGGGAUUGACCCCUUAUGGGCAUGUGAACGACUUGCGAGCUAAUCGUCCAUUGGAGGUUAAGCCGCCUCCAGUCAAUGUCCGGUUGGAUGGUGAAGUGGAUCAGUCGAUUGAGCAUCGCGAUUUCAUUAUUAGAGCUGUUAAUGUCAGGGUAGAAGAAAAGGUUGAGAUUAAUUUGGAAGAGGGUUCGAGUUUGGUGCCUAAAAAGCAGCUCAUUGUGGUUACGCCGACAUAUAACAGGGCCUUGCAGGCCUACUUUUUGAAUAGGCUUGGUCAGGUACUAAGGCUCGUGCAACCUCCAUUGUUGUGGAUUGUGGUGGAGAUGGAUGCAGCUUCGAUGGAGACUGCAGACAUAUUGAGGAAAACUGGGGUCAUGUAUAGGCAUUUGGUUUGUCGUAAGAACACGACAGAUGUGAAAGACCGGGUUAUGCAUCAGCAGAACAGAGCAUUGGAGCACAUCCAGCACCAUCAACUCGAUGGUAUUGUGUACUUUGCAGACGACUAUAACAUUUACUCAAUAGAGUUGUUCGAGAACCUGAGGCAAAUUAGUCGUUUUGGCACUUGGCCUGUUGCGAUGCUCGUGCAGAGCAAAAACAAAGCAAUAUUGGAAGGUCCCGUUUGCAACGGAAGUCAAGUAAUGGGUUGGCACACAAACGAAAGAAGUAAGAGACUCCAUAGGUUCCAUGUCGAUAAGUCUGGAUUCGCUUUCAACAGUACGAUCUUGUGGGAUCCAAAGAGAUGGCACCGUCCCAAAUCUAAUCCAAUUCAGUUGGUGGACUCUUUAAAGGAAGGUUUCCAGGGUACAAAAUUUAUGGAACAAGUGAUAGAAGAUGAAAGUCAAAUGGAAGCAAUUCCUUCCGGCUGCUCGUUAAUAAUGAACUGGCAUCUCCAUUUGGAUGGUCGCGGUCUUCCGUACCCCCAAGGCUGGUUGCUUGAGAAGAAUCUUGACAAUGUUCUCCCUCUAAGAUGAUGAAAGUUCGAGUGUUGAUACUUUUCACCGGAGAGAUGUAGCAACAUAGAACGAACUUGUGGAUGUGUCCCCAGAUAUUUCUUUUUAAGGUCAUACCUGGUGAAAAAGAGAAGAGAAACACGAGCAGAUAAGUCAUCUCUCAUGUUUGCUUCUGUAGAAUGGACAGGAUGGGCUGGUGUUGGUGGUGGUCGUACAAGCAGCACCAGCUGGUGAAGCGUCAAUGCCGAUCGAAGGUGCACAACACACUAGUCGUUCUUUCUCAGAAUGAAAUUUUACUUUGAGCUUCAUCCUCCAACACAAGGUUUCCAUAUUCCGUUUCUUUUCUUUUUUGAAAUCUUAUGGGUUUAAUUGCACCCGUUCGAUGUGAUGCAAAGGUACGUGGUGCUGGUUUCCUAUCGAGGUUGGGAUGGUUGCAUAUCAUUCAUGUAAUCAAACGUGGGCAAAUGUCCUACAGAUUAGAAAUGGAAAAAUUUUCUUUUGCUUUCCGGCA